AUGGCGAUGCAGCGGAGCGAUCCCUGGUGGCCAGCAGAACAGCGUGUGGCUGAUGAUGGUGGAGGCGGAGACCAGGAGGCGCGCGAUGACGUGCAACGCGAGGCGCGGCAGAACCUAACGGACAGAGCCGAGGCCGAAGCGGACAUGGGCCAGCUCUACUACCUGAUCGCCCGCUUCCUCCAGUCCGGGCCGUGCAAGAAAUCCGCCCAGGUGAGAGGCGAGGCGAGGGAUCCCGGCCGGCCGUUGAUUCCAAGACGUCUGGAUUGGCAGGGCAAGGAGCACCGAAGGAGCUUUGAGGAUCUGGUGGCAGCUUAUGCACACAUCCCUCCGAACUACCUUCUCAAAAUCUGUGAGCGGAUUGGACCGUUGUUGGAGAAGGAGAUCCCACAGAGCGUACUUGGGGUGCAGACUUUACUGGGAGUGGGGCGGCAGUCCUUGCUAAGGGGUGCGAAAGAUUGCAGACACACAGCAUGGAAGGGCUCCGCCUUCGCAGCUCUGCACAGAGGUCGGCCUCCCGAGCUACCUGUGAACUACGGGAAACCACCAAAUGUGGUAAAUCUCAUCUGUGCCAGGGAAGUAACUGCGUAUGGGCGUUUCAGCCAUUUGUUCCCAACUUCCUUCUACCAACACAUCAAGAUGCACAAGAGGAUUCUGGGGCACUUAUCGUCCGUGUAUUGUGUCGCAUUUGAUCGCAGCGGGCGGCGAAUUUUCACAGGCUCCGAUGAUUGCUUGGUGAAAAUCUGGGCUACAGAUGAUGGGCGUCUGCUCUCAACACUCCGAGGCCAUUCAGCCGAAAUUUCUGACAUGGCCGUCAACUAUGAAAAUACACUACUCGCUGCAGGCAGCUGCGACAAGGUGGUCCGAGUCUGGUGUCUCCGAACGUGCGCGCCUGUCGCGGUGCUGCUGGGCCACUCAGCUUCCAUUACUUCCAUACAGUUUUCUCCAGCCAGAAAAGGAACAACUCGAUACCUCACUUCUACUGGUGCUGACGGAACAAUCUGCUUCUGGCAAUGGCAUUUGAACACAAUGAAAUUCAAGGAUCGGCCAGUUAAAUUUGCUGAAAGAUCAAGACCUGGCGUUCAGAUAUCUUGUUCAUCUUUCAGCUCGGGCUGCGGUUUGUCAGUGGAAGCAGAGAUGGCACAGCAAGAAUAUGGCAAUACCAAUCAGGAAUGGAAGAAUAUAGUGUUGGAUAUGGCUACCAAGAUGACUGGGAAUAGUGUCACAUCUGGGGAAGACAAGGUGUCUAAGCUGAAGGUGACCAUGGUAGCUUGGGAUCGAUAUGAUACCACUGUUAUCACAGCAGUCAACAACUUCCUCUUGAAAGUAUGGAAUUCUUCUACAGGGCAGCUUCUUCAUACCUUAUCUGGCCACGACGACGAAGUGUUCGUUUUGGAAGCUCACCCAUUUGACCAAAGGAUCAUGCUCUCUGCAGGCCAUGACGGGAACAUUUUCAUUUGGGACCUCGAAAAAGGAACAAAAAUUCGCAAUUACUUCAACAUGAUUGAAGGCCAAGGUCACGGUGCAGUAUUUGACUGCAAAUUCUCCCCCGAUGGGCAGCAUUUUGCCUGCACAGACUCACAUGGGCACCUGCUGCUAUUUGGUUUUGGUUGCAAUAGAUUUUACGAAAAGAUCCCAGAUCAGAUGUUCUUCCACACUGAUUUUCGCCCCCUGAUCCGUGACGUGAACAACUACGUGCUGGAUGAACAAACUCAGCAAGCCCCACAUCUCAUGCCUCCCCCCUUCCUGGUCGAUGUGGAUGGCAAUCCCCACCCCACAAGAUACCAAAGGCUCGUACCAGGGAGGGAAAACUGCAAAGACGAACAGCUCAUUCCUCAGCUGGGAUAUGUUGCGAACGGUGACGGAGAGGUGGUGGAGCAAGUGAUUGGGCAGCAAACCAACGACCAGGAGGAGAGUAUUCUCGACGGGAUGAUCAGAGAGUUGCAACGAGAACAAGAUAUGAGAAGGGUCAAUGACAGUGAAGCUCCUUCAAAUCCUCCACCAAGCAGAUCCCCGUCUGUUAGUGUUUUGAGAAGUCCGAGCUUGGAUCUUGCUUCCCCACCAAAUGUUGGGCUUAGACGGAGCGGCCAGAUUGAAGGCGUCAGGCAGAUGCACCACAAUGCCCCAAGAAGUCAGAUGGCCACUGAGAGAGAUCUCAUGGCAUGGAGCAGGAGAGUGGUGGUGAAUGAGCUGCAUCCUGGAAUCAGCAGAGUUCAGGAAGAAAUCCGAGCUGCCAAAGGUGAUUUAGAAAUCCAUCUGUACACAUCUGAAAAGAAGAGGAAGCCUUCCCACACUCUACAAAGGAGCGAUCAUCAACCUGGUGGUGGGCGAUCCUUGCGAAGAAACCAACGCAAGCGCCAGCAUGCUUAUCAAACACGCUCCACCAUAGAGCAUCAUUCCCAAGGCACAAGGGGGAGUUCACAGACCCAGGAAGACACUGAAAGCACCACUGAGGAAGACGACACGGGUGGCACAACUGAAGCAUCUGUGGAUGAUAACGUGGCUGCGUGGCCAAGCGAAAGCAGUUCCAGUGAUUCAUCCAGUGAAUACUCUGACUGGACUGCAGAUGCUGGGAUUAACCUCCAGCCACCAAAGAGACAGACCAGACAAGCUUCUCGCAAAAUCUGUAGCAGCUCUGAAGAUGAGAACGCGAAAGAUGCAAAAGGGCAAGAAGAAAAACGCAAAAAAUCCAAACAGACACGGAAGAAGAAACCCAGCGGACUUCUUUCGAUGGACGGAGAGCCCACAGAGGAAUGGUUUGCUCCCCACUGGAUCCUGGACACCAUACCGCGACGGUCCCCCUUUGUCCCACAAAUGGGAGAUGAGAUCAUCUAUUUCAGACAAGGGCACGAAGCUUACGUGCGUGCAGUACGGAAGGCAAAGAUUUACAGUGUUAACUUGCAAAAGCAGCCAUGGAAUAAAAUGGAACUCAGGGAACAAGAAUUUGUGAAGAUUGUGGGAAUUAAGUACGAAGUUGGACCACCAACCCUUUGUUGCUUGAAGCUUGCUUUUCUGGAUCCCGUCUCGGGCAAAAUGACUGGUGAAUCCUUUUCCAUUAAGUACCAUGAUAUGCCAGAUGUUAUUGAUUUCCUUGUGUUGCAUCAGUUUUACAAUGAAGCCAAAGAAAGGAACUGGCAGAUUGGUGAUAGAUUUCGCAGCAUAAUAGAUGAUGCGUGGUGGUUUGGAACAGUGGAGAGCCAGCAGCCAUUCCAGCCGGAAUAUCCUGACAGUUCCUUCCAGUGCUACAGUGUUCACUGGGACAACAAUGAAAGAGAAAAAAUGAGCCCCUGGGAUAUGGAGCCGAUUCCAGAAGGAACCGCUUAUCCAGAGGAGGUCGGAGCCGGAGUCCCCGUGACGACGGAGGAGCUGGCCUCUCUGCUGUACAGGCCCCAGGAAGGCGAGUGGGGGGCCCAUUCUCGAGACGAAGAAUGCGUGCGGGUCCUUCGAGGCAUCGAUCAGCUGUUGUCCCUAGAUAUUUCUAAUCCCUUUGCUGUCCCGGUGGACCUUAGUGCCUAUCCUCUGUAUUGCACUGUAGUUGCUUACCCAACUGACCUCACCACGAUCAGGAGAAGACUUGAAAACAGAUUUUACAGGCGAAUAUCGGCGUUAAUGUGGGAGGUACGAUACAUUGAACAUAAUGCUAGGACUUUCAAUGAGCCCGAGAGUCCUAUAGUUAAAGCAGCCAAAAUUGUUACAGAUGUCUUACUUCGCUACAUUGGGGAUCAGAGUUGUACAGAUAUCCUGGAGAUCUACAACAAAGUAAAGGCAGAAGAUCUGAGCAGCACAGAGGAGGAAGAGGAGGUGGCAGAAGUAUACGCAGACUCAGAUGGUCCAGGAACCUCCUCUGGGAAAAGAACUGUAAGACGGCAGAUAAAAAGACAGCCCAACAAAACGUGUGCUGAUGCCUGGAAGGAACACUGCAAGCAGUUGUUAAGCCUGAUCUAUGAACGCGAAGAUUCUGAGCCAUUUCGACAGCCUGUUGAUCUCUUUUCCUAUCCUGAUUACCGUGAUAUUGUAGAUACUCCAAUGGACUUCAGCACUGUGAAAGAAACUUUGGAAGCGGGAAAUUACAGGAACCCCCUUGAAUUCUACAAAGACGUUCGCUUGAUAUUCUGCAAUUCCAAAGCAUACACUCCAAAUAAGAAGUCACGGAUUUACAGCAUGACGCUUCGAUUAUCGGCCUUAUUUGAAAAUCACAUUAAAAACAUCAUUUCCGAGUACAAGUCGGCAGUGCAUAAUCAGAACAGGAGAAGGCCGCGGCUACAGUACCGAAAACGACUCCGAAGCAGCAGCAGCUGUUCUUCUAGCAGCCGGCCACCCAGCCCCAAAAGAAAACAAAAACAACUGAAGAUGCAGCCUAAAGCCAACCUGAAUACCUCACUGCCUUUAACUAGGACAAAUUCUUCAGUUUCAUCUCACGUUUCAGAUACUACUGAGGAACUGCCAGGUUCAGCCGCUGCCGAAGAGAUAGAAAGCCAGCCGUCCUCAUCUGGUUCAAACCAUCAGAGUCGUGGUGGAAAUAACGCUGAGCCAGGGAAAAGCAGGCCAGUCAGAAAUAAAUCCACUCCAGUCAAACAAGAUCAGCCUCCUGAUAAGCCCCUCACAAAUGGUGAUGGGAAGGAACCACGGGCAGCCGUCAAGAGGAAGCUCUCAAGUGCCUCCGAAGAGGAUGAGCCCACCGGGAAGGAGGACAAGAGAGAGCAAAAGGAGAAGCCAGGUUUAUCCUCCUCGGAAAGUGGGGAUUCAGGAUCCAGCUCGAGUUCCGAAAGCGGCUCCGACUCAGACUCUGAAUCAAGCUGUAGGACAGAUCAGGACUACAUAGACGGAGACCAUGACUACAGCAAAUCCUCCGUACAAGUGAAGCCGAGGAGGAAACUUCGGCGGAGCAUCUCCAGCGGGCAAAGGAAUUGGCAAGGCAGAGGGACGGGGAGGAGAGGGCGAUGGGGCCGGUGGGGUCGGUGGGGCAGAGGGAGGCGAGGCAGCAGGGGAGGGCGGGGCUGUAGCCGAGGAAGGCGUGGUGGGCGGGGAGGGAGAAGGGGGCGAGGGAGAGGAGCCUCCCGAGGAGCCUCCAGAGCCAAGAGGCCACGUCUUGCCGACGACGAGUUUGAGAACCUUUUUGGCGGACGCUUUGGGGAGAGCACGCUUGGCGGGCGCUUUGGCCGGCCUCCUCGAAUCAAGACCAGGAAUGAAGGCAGGCGGACUGUUUUAUAUAACGACGAUUCAGACAACGACACUUUUGUGCACACCGAGGAUCCCCUGAACCUUGGUACCUCCAGGUCAGGCAGGGUACGGAAAAUGACAGAAAAGGCCAGGGUCAGCCAUCUCAUGGGAUGGAACUAUUGAUCAGCAGGGAAACCAUGGAAGUGAACAACGGUGUGAGGACUUCAAUGGCCUUCUACUGCAGGGAUUUUGCCAGAAACAAAAAUCUAUUAAGCAAAUUGUGGGGGGGGGGACUCCGCUCACAUUUUUUCUGUGGUGCUUCUCCAUUUUGCUCAUAUGGUUUUGUGUGUGUGUUUGAAGACUUCUGGUUGCCACAUCUCCUUGGCCAAAAGAAGCCUUAUCCAUAACUUCCUCCCCAUAUGUCCAUUCUGUCACAGGACCAUCCCAUUGAAUCACAAUUAUGAAGUCUCCCCGUUGCUUUUUCAUUUGGUUUUGGAGGAUCUUUUUGUGUGUGUGUGUGCGCAUUAUACAAACAGCACCUUCUUAACAGAGUUUUUUAAAACAUUGUCUGCCAUUAUGAAUUCCUUCUACAACAUAAUAACUUUUGCACAAUACGCCGAUUCUAAAGGCAGCUAUAAAAUGUUUACAGUUUCUCUAUUGUGCGAAGGAUCUGGAUUCUUUUCAAUCUUACCCAGGCCAAAUUCCCGCGGAUCGGCGCAGAACUGAAAUACAUUCAAACAUGGGUGUCUUGAUAGGCU